GCCGUCUAGCCACCGAGCCAGGGAGCCCCAGCAUCUGGUGGAGGCGGCCAUGGGGAAGCGGUACUUCUGUGAUUACUGCGACCGCUCCUUCCAGGACAACCUCCACAACCGAAAGAAGCACCUGAACGGCCUGCAGCACCUCAAGGCCAAGAAGGUGUGGUACGACAUGUUCCGAGAUGCAGCUGCCAUCUUGCUGGAUGAACAGAACAAGCGGCCCUGCAGGAAAUUCCUGCUGACAGGCCACUGUGACUUUGGCUCCAACUGCAGAUUUUCCCACAUGUCGGAACAAGACCUACAAGAGCUGAGCAUCCAGGUGGAAGAGGAGAGGCGGGCCAGAGAGUGGCCCCUGGAGACCGCUGAGCUGCCCGAGGUCCACCUGGAGGACUGGCUGGAGAAGAGGGCUAAGAAGCUGAGCUCAGCCCCAAGCAGCAGGGCUGAACCGGUCAGAACCGCUGUCUUCCAGUACCCAGUGGGCUGGCCGCCAAUGCAGGAGCUGCCCCCCUCCCUGAGGGCACCCCCACCUGGAGGAUGGUCCCUACAGUCCAGGGUCCAGUGGGGCUGAGCACUUCCCCAUCUUCCCUGCUGACUUCAGCUGGUCACCUGUCAUAGUAAAGAUAAUUGUUCAGCCUAGGAGGCAGAGCUGCCUUCCUGCCAUUCCCCCUGGAGAGUCUGAGAUUAUGAGCCUGGUCUCCCCAUCCACCCACCAUCCCUCAGGGCAUUAUCUUGAGAAGAUGGGCCAGAAACAUCCAAAUGUUUAUAAAGAAAGUCUGUCCU